AAACCUGCCCUUUACCCACCUCUGAAACUAAGCAGGAUCGAUGCAGGUCCUGUGCUAGACAGUGGCUGCUCUCCUGUAAUAAGUUUAAGUUGUUAUGAAAAUGUCAAUUCAGAGAUUAUUAUCUAGAUCCGAUACUUUUCUUGGAGGCAGACUAAUAUCAUUAGGACGUCGGGGAUGCAUUUCUGUUUGGCAUGGUGAGGCAUGCAACAGCUGCCAUUUCUCAACUUCUCAGUCAUGGCAUGCACGCUUUUUUACGGAUCCCACAGAGACCAUCAGAGACAUUCCAGAUGGCUCCAAGCUUCUUGUCGGAGGCUUUGGAUUGUGUGGGAUCCCAGAGAAUUUAAUCAGUGGCCUGUUGAAAACAGGAGUGAAAGGAAUCACAGCUGUGAGCAACAAUGCCGGGGUUGAUAACUUUGGCCUUGGCCUGCUUUUGAAAACCAAACAGAUAAAACGCAUGAUCUCUUCAUACGUUGGGGAAAACGCAGAGUUUGAGAGGCAAUAUCUGUCAGGUGAACUGGAAGUAGAGCUCACCCCUCAGGGCACACUAGCAGAGAGGAUACGGGCUGGUGGUGCCGGCAUUCCAGCUUUCUUUACUGCCACCGGAUAUGGAACCCUCAUCCAGGAGGGUGGCACACCCAUUAAAUACAACAAGGAUGGCAGCAUUGCCAUUGCAAGUGAAAGAAGAGAGGUUAAAGAAUUCAAUGGCAGGCAUUAUGUUAUGGAGAAAGCCAUCACUGGUGACUUUGCUUUGAUAAAGGCCUGGAAAUGUGACAAAGCAGGAAAUCUUGUUUUCAGGAAAACAGCCAGGAAUUUUAAUCAGCCAAUGUGUAAAGCAGCCAAAGUCACCAUAGUGGAGGUUGAGGAAAUUGUUGACAUUGGAAGUUUUGCUGCGGAAGACAUUCACGUCCCCAGCAUUUAUGUAGAUCGGAUAGUGAAAGGAGCCAGUUAUGAAAAGCGAAUUGAGAAAAGAAAGCUUCAGUGUAAACAGGCAGAGCUGGACACAGAUAUAACUCGUGAGAGGAUCAUCCGGCGAGCAGCACUGGAAUUUAAGGAUGGGAUGUAUGCAAAUCUUGGCAUUGGUAUCCCUAUGCUGGCCAGCAAUUAUAUAAGCCCCGAAAUUACAGUUCACUUACAGAGUGAAAAUGGGAUUUUGGGAUUGGGUCCUUAUCCAACAGAGAAUGAAGUGGAUCCCGAUUUAAUCAAUGCUGGUAAGGAGACAGUUACCGUUUGUCCGGGAGCAGCCUACUUUUCCAGUGAUGAAUCCUUUGCCAUGAUUAGAGGAGGUCACAUUGACCUGACCAUGCUGGGAGCAAUGCAGAUUUCCAAGUAUGGAGAUCUGGCAAACUGGAUGAUUCCAGGUAAAAUGGUUAAGGGCAUGGGUGGGGCCAUGGACUUGGUUUCUAGUUCUGCCACUAAAGUAGUGGUUACUAUGGAACAUUCUGCUAAGGGUGGGAAACACAAAAUCCUUGAGAAGUGCACUCUUCCUCUGACUGGAAAACAAUGUGUUGAUCGUAUAAUCACCGAAAAGGCUGUGUUUGAUGUAGAGAGGAGUACAGGUUUAACCCUGAUCGAGAUUUGGGAAGGGCUGACCCCAGAUGACAUCAGAGCGUGUACUGGGACAGAGUUUCAGGUGUCUCAACACUUACAACCAAUGCAGCAGAUAUGAGUCAGUUUGCUGAGGACUGGACUGCCUUAAUAUCAACUCUUCAUGCAAAUUGUUACUUUGGGGAUGUGGCAUAUGAACCAUAGACCGAUAUGAACACAUUAUGCAAAUGAACGACCCAUCUUUAUCCUUAGACUGGCACGUGUUCAUUGCAAAAAAUUAUCUUUUUAAUGUAUGAGUUGACACACUGCUUUGUGAUGAAACAACAGCAAUAUCCAUUUUAGUAGAUAUGAGUCUUAAGAAAAAACGUAAUGGAAUAUGUAUACAUAAUUUUGCGUAGUGUGACCAUUUUUUUAUUUAAAUGACACAAUUUGAAAUAAACAAUGAUUUGUUAAAUGUUU